CAGAAUAUAAAAACAAUAUAUUCAUAUUUUUAAUCUAAAUCUUUACUUUUUAACAACAAAAGUUCUUCAAAUAAUUUAAUCUAUAAAUAUUCCUCUUUGGACUAGAAUAUAGCAAAUAAGUUAAAAACAGAAAAAUAUAGAAUUUAUAUUCUAAUAAGUAAUAAAAUUUCUUGUAAAAAUUUUUGGAAUUCAGUUUUGGAGCAAUUUUUAUAUCAAACAUAAAAAUAGGAUCUAUAUCAAUCUGUAGCAUAUCUUGAUGUCUAAUAACACUUUCGUGAACUUUUAUAGUGAUUAUACAAAUUUACACAAAAUUAUUAUUAGGUAUUAUUAGGCAAAAUUUAUAAACAGAUAUAGACGAUUUCAUCUUUAUGUUCAAUAUUUUUAUCAGUCCUAAUAUUGACAACUUUUAUAUAUGACUAUUAUUUUCUGAUCUGUGCAAUAUGAACAGUGUUCUGAUACAUACAUAAAAAAUCGAUAGUUCACGUUACACUACAAAUUUUCAGUACUACAAUAAAUUUUAGAAGGUAAUCUUAUUGUUAUCACUUUGAAAAAUUCUCCUAUUAGAAUAAAUAAUAACUCAAAGAUUGAAAAUAAGAAUAAUAUUUAAUUAUUAUCUCAUUCACAUUAUCUUAGACAAUUAAAAAAUUUAAUUCUUUUAUCUAAGACAAGAUAAAGAUAAUAUAUAUUUCAAUAAUGUAGAUAAAGAUAAGAGUUAUUACUUUAGCUAGAUAAUUAUUUAAAUAAUUUUAAAUAGAUAAUAAAUACUCAUCCUAUAAUACCAAUUUAGAUCUCAAUUAGAAUCUUUUUAUCAAUCCGUGUUCUUAAAAAAUAUUCUAAAGAACCUGUCGCAUGUAAAAUCUAGAAGUUUAGAUCAAUAUCUUAAAUAGAUAACCAAGUCUAUAUAUAUUGUUAUAUAAUGUUAUCAAAUUUUAAUAAAAAAAGGCAACAAAUUUCACACUUAGAAUCUGUAAUAUCUGAUGAUAUCGGCAAACUGGUGCUUCAAUAUCAUUACAUUGUUAAGUAUUUUUUUUAUCGUGUAUAAUAUUAUGCUAUGUCAACAGAUUGGCAGCAGAAAUUGAGCAGAGCUUCCUGUUAAAUUAUUGGCUUGCAUGAUAUCCAGCUUAUGUUCUAUCAUAUUCUAUAAAAAUAAUCAGUAUAAUAUAAUAGCAGAUUGUUAGGAUGAAAAAUUGUAUUGUGUGCAGAAAGCUUUAAACUUGUUUUUAACAUUUUAUAAUAAUUUAAUUAAAAUAUUAAAUGAUUAUAAACUGACAGAUUCUACAAUUAAUCUGCUAUCCUGUUCAUAGAUUUUUGCUGUAUUUCUACUGCUAUUCUACCAACAAAAUAUGUAACACAAACUAUUUUUCUCUAAUGUCCACUUUUACCAAUUUAAUUUAAUUUUAUCAUUUAAGUUCUUCUAGUUUUAAAGAUUAGAAAAAAGUAAGUUAAAGUUAAUCAAAGUUAAUCUAUAUUAGUGAAAAGGAACAUUAGCUAUCAAUUACUAUAUUAUUGACGUAAUAUAAAAUAAAACCUGCCUUUAUAUCUUGCUAAUUAAAUUGUUUUCUUUGUACUGCUGGCAUUCUGUCGACAAAAUAUAUAAAAUAUAAUUUAAAAUGUUUUUACAGAUUUGGCAUCAAGGAUUAUAUCAUGUGUAUAAAGGAAAAAAUUCUGAGUCAAUCGAAAGCUCCGCCUUCUUCGGCGAGGCCGAAACAAAUCGAUAUGAUUUACUAAUUCAAAAAUUGAUCAGUAAUAAUAGUACACGGAACAUACAUACCUCAUUCAUUCCACGACCAUCCACGACCGGCGUUGGCGAUACAAAAUCUCUAGAUUGCGCGCGAGAUUCGAGAUUCGAGAUUCGAGAUUCGAGUUUGGCGCUAAGUUCAGAGUGGUCGCUGCUCGAACGAUAUUAACACGGCCAUCGUUCAACAGCAAUUCGAGACGCAUGUUUUGUAUCCGGCUAUUGCUACUGUUUGCUAGCUAUCGUCGCUGACGACGACGCGAGAUUCUUCGAGGACGCCAAACCUGUGGGCGUCAAUGGGCUUCCGAACGCGAACUCGAGGCUGCGAUACGGUGACAAUAUGUGCGUCGGUCCGCUGAAGAAGAUAUGUCAUUGGGGACCACUCUCAGCGCUUGGUAAGUUGCAACGAUAAAGAUAAUCACAUUGAUGACGAUACACUGCAGCAGACAGUGGUGGCCGCCGCAAGACAGUAUUCCUGGGGCUGCUAGUUUCUUGCUGUUCUUCACUCUCAGUGGAUUGACUCUAUUUCAUUUUAUGAGCGCAAUUUUUGAAGGGCCUGGGUAUCUUGCAUUAAAAUGGAUGCCAGAGAAAGCUACAGACAUACAAUAUUUGCAAUACUGUGUUGUCUGCCAAGGCUAUAAAGCACCGAGAUCACAUCAUUGCAGAAAAUGUAAUCGUUGUGUAAUGAAAAUGGAUCAUCAUUGUCCAUGGAUAAAUACAUGUGUUGGGCAUUAUAAUCAUGGUCAUUUCACAGCAUUUUUGGCAAGCGCAGUUGGCGGUUGUUGCGUCUCUUCCAUUAUAUUAAUUUCCUGGGUAGCAACUGUGCUGUCACUGAAGCCUUUGCCUUUUCCACCACCAGCGGUCUAUACUUUAAUGUUAGUAGUAUUUAGUAUUGGUUUAUCAAUCGGCGUUGUACUUGCAGUAGGAAUGUUACUAUAUUUUCAGAUAUUAGCCAUUGUAAGAAAUCGAACGGAAAUAGAAGAUUGGAUUCUGGAAAAAUCUCGCUAUCGCCGAGAUGAUACAGAUGCCAAAUAUGUACAUCCAUAUUCAAAGGGAUGGCGUUUUAAUAUUAACCAAGUUCUUACAUGGGACUGCACUCCCGUUGGUGAUGGCAUUACGUGGCCUGUUAUUGAUGGCUGUGAUCAGUAUACAUUAACGAAAGAGCAGCUUGCACAAAAAUUAGACAAACGAAAAAGAGCACGCAAAUAUAGGAUUAUAAAAGCUGCAUCAGGUUCGAAGUUUCCAAUUGGACACGGCUGCGGCGUAUUUUUUCAUCCACUUUGUACUGAUGAACCUCGCAUCAAGUUAGAUGUAGAUGAUAUUGUGAUUGUAACACGUUGGAAGAAAUACUGGUUAUUUGGAGAAAAAGAGCAGAAAGAAGGAGAAGAUGCCAAAUCGAAACGUAUAAGGGGAUGGCUACCACGGCCCUGUGCGGUAGAAGUAAUAGAAAAAUCUGUCUGGCUUAAAUAAUUUUUCAAGAAUAAUUUAUUAACUUUUGAUAAUUUGUGUAUCAACUUAUGACGAUAUUAAAGGCUAUAAUAUUGCAAUAAUAUUGCAAUUUUGAAAUGAUAAGAGCUGUAAAGACUAUGCGUUACUUAUAAUCGACGAACAUUGUAUAUUCCAUGCCCUUUUGUGUUCAAAUCGAUAUAUUUUUCAUAUUUUGUAAUUUACCUCAAACCAUAGAUAAGAAAUAUUUUUUACAUUAUAAUACUCUGCUGUAUAAGUAAAAAUGUAUAUAAAUUUUUACUUA